GGAAGAAGUGAGGAGAGUAUCCGCAACAUGAGGGCACCGACGUGUCAUGGGAUUAUCGUGAUUGUCAUCGUUACACUGUGUACCAGUAUACUGUAUAUGUACAACACGAGCUUGUCUGGCACCCCUGCAAAUGAAGCUAGUCCUGAGGUGGCAAACCAGAAGAGUCCUACCAAUCCCCAGAAUAAGGUGGGAAGACCACACUUAGAUGGCUACAAUAGCAUAAUUGAUGAAAAGCCUUUGCAGAUGCACUGCAACUCCUGUGCGCUUGUUACUAGUUCGGGUCACCUGACGGGAAGCAGGAGAGGCGAGGAGAUUGACCGGACCGAAUGUGUCAUCCGCAUGAACGAUGCUCCUACGCUGAACUACCAGCAGGACGUAGGACAGCGCACCAGUCUACGUGUCAUUGCCCACUCCAGCAUGCAGCGGGUGCAGCGGAAUCACCAGCAGCUGCUUGAUUCCAGCCAGGACACUGUCUUCAUCUUCUGGGGGCCAAGCAACUUCAUGCGCCGUGAUGGAAAAGGCUUGGUCUACAAUAACUUGCGUGCGGUGAACCAGGUGCUGCCCAAACUCAAGAUAUACAUCAUCUCUCAACAGAAGAUGUUGGACUUGGAUGAGCUUUUCAAGAACGAAACAGGCAAAGACAGAAAAGAGUCCAACUCAUGGCUGAGUACGGGAUGGUUUACCAUGACUAUCGCCAUGGAGAUUUGUGACCACAUUAAUGUGUAUGGCAUGGUGUCUCCUGAAUUCUGCAAGGCGCCUCACCAACACUCAGUGCCGUAUCAUUACUAUGAGCCUUUGGGCCCAGACGAGUGCGGCAUGUAUCUGUCCCACGAGCAAGGUCGCCGCAGCAGCCAUCACCGCUUCAUCACAGAGAAGCAAGUGUUUGCCAACUGGGCCCGGACAUUCAACAUCCAUUUCUAUGAACCAAACUGGAGUCCUACACCACUCAUAUGGAAUAAAACAGGAACAAGUACUGCCCCGGACUCCUGA